CUGAUGCUGAAAAUGGCGGCUUCCAUGCGGACACUUUCCAAUAUAGGACUUCUGUCAAAGGCAGUACAAGAAUUCUGUCUGAAGAUAGUGUGUUGUGGAGUGAAGUAGGGAGCCUAACUAGUGCUGUGUGUCUCAGGCUGUUGUCCCGCGAUGUGUGUGUCUACCUCACCUUCCUCCAGCAGCACUACGACUCCUGUAAUUCACCCUGGCAUGCUGGAUGUCAGCUUCUGGGCCAAAUCCUGACUGAUGGCAACCCAUCUCAUCUCAUUAUCUCUAGACGCUUUAUCCUGUUCUACAGGGUCGCAGGCAAGCUGGAGCCUAUCCCAGCUGACUACGGGCGAAAGGUCAUCCUGACAAGUCGCCAGGUCAUCACAGGGCUGACACAUAGACACAGACGACCAUUCACACACUCAUUCACACCUACGGUCAAUUUAGAGUCACCAGUUAAUCUAACCUGCAUGUCUUUGGACUGUGGGGAGCACCCGGAGGAAACCCACGCGGACAUGGGGAGAACAUGCAAACUCUGCACAGAAAGGCCCUCGUCGGCCACGGGGCUUGAACCUGGACCUUCUUGUUGUGAGAUCACAGUCACGGACGAGCCGGACACACUGUUUCAGAAGCUGACCGUGUUGGUUAAAGGUCACGAUAAAGCGGUUCUGGACAGUUAUGAGUUUUUUGCAACUUUGGCUGCCAAGGAGCUCGGUCUAACCCUAACUAAAGUGUUUGAACCUCCGAGGAACAUCGAGAGGCUCACACUUCUGAAGUCAGUGCACAUCUUUAAAAAACACAGGGUCCAGUAUGAAAUGAGGACACACUACAGAUGCAUUGAGAUUGCCAGGAUAACAGGAUCCAGUGCACGUGUAUAUCUGGAGUACAUCCAGCGCAACCUGCCUGAGGGCGUGGCCAUGCAGGUCACGGAGACUGCUAUAGAGAAAGUUCCAGAGCAUAUCCAGACACCGAUGUGGGACAUGGAGAGCCAACAGGAAGCCAGCUAAUGAGGACCUUUUUAUUCCAAGCCUUUUGUAUUCAAUAGGCACCUUAUUGAGGAUUUGAAUUGAAGGAAGAAAGAAAGAAAGACUGUCAUGGGGAAUCAUUUUAUGUAAAUGACAAAAGAAAUAAGUGAAUUAACUCCGAGAUGUGUUUAGUGCUGUGUAUUUAUAAGUGUAAACUUGUGACUUGAGAUUAUAAAAUAUAAAGUUGUUAUAGGUGGA